GUGUUAAGGCAGGUUGGUGAAGUCCCGUAGGGUGCAGCUGAUUCCCAGAACCCAGCAGAUGGCAAACAAUUUGCAACGGCAGGGCAGGAGUGCGCGGCUGGUCGAACGCCGGAGUUCCUGUACCGACAAGUUGCUGGCUCAGGGGGGGGGGUGUCUGAUGAAGCUCUGGGCCGCCAAACGGCCAAAGUUGGGGGGUCGGUCCCACACGGGGGACACACGCGGUUCAGGGUACCCCCCAACUUUAAGACCCUAGGCGGGGGUGCUAUGCCAGUCGGUACACGCAGGGAUUUCGUUUGCAACCUUCCGGUGUGUGUAACGGAUGGUUUAGUGUCGUACGGCAGGCGUGUGUGUUUUGACACGCGGUUGAACGGGGGGGCCGGAGGGGUGAACAGACUGACCCCAUGCUUACUGCCUCAGGACGGGCCCCCACGCUUCCUAUCGCAUAUACACAUCUAUAUGUAUAAGCUCACCAGCUACGAGCGCGAUCGGAGGCCAGGGUGUGCUCGACGGGGACACUUCCGGGCAGGCACGCACGCAUGUGUGCGGAGCUGGGUACGUGGGGACGGAGGUCCCAGAAAACGGGGCCUGACACAGCCCUGAAGCUUUAGAUAGCACAUAUAUGCAUACAAGAUUAUGUUUUGACGACCGCAGCACCGACAGUUGUUGUUCCGACCAGCAUGCUGUAUGCAUGUCCACCGAAUGGUCUUGCCGGCGGGCUACAGCAUCCAAUAUAUGCUAUAUAUGCUCUAUCUAGGCGACGGCAAUCUUAAAAGCUAGUCGAGCUGCCCUUUGGAUGAAACCAAAUUCAUGGCGAACCUCGUCUACAGCGGGGACCCAAACAGACCUGCACCCGCUCCCAGAGCCGCAUGUGUGUCAUAUGGAAGCCACCCAGGUGCAUCGGAAGGUGCAACUUUGACUUUGUUGGCGGUCCCAUAGGAAUGGCCACUGCUCGCCGAGGCCUGUGAGCCCGCGCUACUAGGUGCAAUUGCUUUAAUGGAGUAUGCAUAAGCGCAGUCAGGGCCGGUGGAUUCACAUAUAGCUGAUUUGAGCGAACAUGCUCAGAAUUGGUCUCGCGCUCGCGAGACCUACACGACACUUAGCCCGCUAAUAUGCUUGAACAUAUGCUCCUCACAUACCGAGGGUAACGUGCUUUAUAGAAUUGAAAAUGGUGCAUGUAUGAAUAAGAACGCCCAAUCUUGGGUUUCGACCCCGCCCGGAACCGGGCGUGUCCCCCGUGUGGGUCGGUCCGGGGUUCGUCGGGUUUCGGGAGCCCAUCCUGGCGGAUUUCGGGAAGCGCCCCACAAGCAGAACUAGGGGCCAACGCAUCAGUACGAGGCUCAUAUGCGCACGUUAUGACGUUAUGAGCACAAACAAAGCGUGGGAGGGCUAAGUUGCGCGUCCGGCCGUGGACAUGUCGGGACAUGUCUCCACAUUCAACACACCAGCUUUAGGACGCCGGAGUGGCGCAGCUUGGCGCGCGGUUAUCUCGUCAAAGGUAACGUAGCAGUUGCGGUCGCUGCUCAUGCUCACGCUUUUCUUUUGCUUGUGCUAGCUCACUGGCCUCGGCUCUACAACGUCAUGUUCGCUUGUGCGUGUUGCGUUCUUUCAAGCAUAUCAAUAACACACGCGCACUGACACGGGUGGGCUCUCAAGCGCUGGUGCGCAUGAAUUCACGUCUAACAAGACUGCCGAUGUACAUUGUCCAUGAGUCACGUGGCAGAGAGUUAAGCGCGGGGUGGGCUGUGUCGAGGAGAUUUCCAUGGAUAGAGGACAAGACCGCUGAUGGCACGGAGUGAUAGUGCUCGUCAACAGGAGUCAAU